AUGAUUUUAGAAUUAUAAUUAUUAAAAAUAAAAAUAAAUAUCUACAAAUAAUUUUAAAUGGAAUCACCAAAAUAAACUUUAGAAAUAUCAAAGUAAUAAUAAUGCUAGGAUCUUGAAUCACAAAAAGCAUGCAGAAUUUGCUUGAAUGAGGAAACAAGUUAAGAUAAAUUUAUAGAUUAUUGUUAAUGUAAAGGAACUAUAAAAUAUGUUCAUGAAUUAUGCCUUAAAACUUAUGUGAUGUCUAAAAUUUCAGACUAGUAAGCUAAUUUAAAAGAUGUUGUUAAAAAUAAAUAAUAUUGCGAUAUAUGUAAAGCUGAGUUUUAAGUGAGUUGGAAAAAUUCAUAUCAGCUCAUUAACUGGAAAAAAUUACUAUAAAAUGAAACAGCAACAUUAUUAGUUAUAAUUGCAGGAUUUUUGAUUAUGAUAGGCUCUAUAAUUGUUAUGACAAGUACAAGAGAUAAAGUAGAAUAGAUAACAAAUGAUGAGAUCAAAAAUAUUGUUUCAGUUGUUAUUAUCAUCUUGUGUUGUGUUUCUAUUUUAUUUCUUUUAUCAUGCUAGACCUACAUUAUUUAUAAAUAUUUAAUAAUAAAAUCAAUUAAAAUAAAUAAAAUUGCAAAAAUAGAGCAAAAUAAUGAGUAAAAUAGACAUGUAAAUCAUUAAGCUAACAAGCAGUGA